GUUUCUGAAAGGCACAGAGAGACUAAGCUGGUUACACAAGGACGGGGGACAUAAGUGUUAACCAUGUUGGCCAUCACAGAGUUACAGAAGAUUGGCAUUGGUGUGAUGGGAUUCGGUUUAUUCUUCCUGCUUUUUGGUGUGCUGCUGUAUUUUGACUCAGUCUUGCUGGCCUUUGGGAAUAUUCUUUUUCUGACUGGUUUGGCUCUCAUCAUCGGCUUCAGGAGGACAGCCCACUUCUUCUUCCAAAGACAGAAGUUUCGGGGUUCUUUCUUCUUCCUUGGAGGCGUGACUCUGGUGCUGUGCCGUUGGGCAAUCAUUGGAAUGCUGGUGGAGAGUUAUGGCUUUGUGCUUUUAUUUAGGUCCUUCUUCCCCAUGGCACUGGGAUUCCUGCUGUCAGCUGUGAACAUCCCCUUCCUCAGUGCAUAUUUCUCCAGCAGCCCCUCCAUGGUGUGAUCAGAAGAACAUGAUGCAGCAGGAGGAAAGCCAGAAGUCUUUAGACAUUACAGCACAGACUGAGGGCAGAGUAACAGCUGCUUGGAAACUACACAAACGUAUUAUUUGAAAUCAUGCUGUUGUACAGGAUGUUUUCCAUCUCCAUCAUUUAUCAUUUUAUUUAAGAUUGUUUAUAUUGUGUUGUUGUUUGUUUCAUUGAGACAAAUAAAUAUUCCCAUAUUGUCCGACUUACUGUACAAUACCAGAAUAUCACACAGGGAUCAUUAUACAUGUAUAGAUAACCAGUCAAAAUAGCGUCAAUAACACAUAAAUAAAUACGCCUAUAACACAUGUACUGAAAUAAAUAAACGAGGAAAUA